AUGACCAUCGCCGAUCGCGUGCCUCCGCUCGAGCGGCGGCGCAAGUAUCCGUGCAUUUUCCCGGGCUGCGCCAAGCGCUUCAGCCGCAGCGAGCAUCUCAUUCGCCAUGUGCGGACGCAUACCGGGGAACGGCCUUUCCCAUGCUUGGUCCCCGGGUGCGGGAGGUACUUUUCCCGGAACGACAACCUGCAGCAGCACAUGUACACUCGCCACCGGGAUGUGGUGAUGGCGGCCACCGAUGGCUUUGGACACCUGGCCGGUCGCGUGGAUGCCGCCGGGCCCGGGGGUUUCUUCCCUCUGGCCGAUGGCGGGGAGAUGGGCAUGCUCGGGGGCUUCAAUGCCGGAGCCCCGGGCGCUGGGGUCGGCAUGGCCGCCCCGCCGGGAGGCCUGGGAGCCCUGUUUCUCGGAGGCGCGGAUCCCCACGCGAAUCCCCACGCCGCCGGCCCGUCGCCGUACUAUGGCCAGCAUCGGCCGACAUCGCCCCUCAGUCCGGGAGACCGGCGCCUGGAUGGAUCGCACUCGGGUCCGGUCAGUCCGGUUUCCCCGGGUGGCGGUGGCCCGGUCGGCGCGGCGGCACUUGGCGGUGUGGCGGCCGCCGCUCGACGGGCCACGGCCGCCCUGCUGGAGGCCGCUGCCCUUUCGGCCCGUCAAGAGUCCCUUGCCCAUGGGGGAAUGUUGCUGCGCGGCUCGGGGGGGCCCGCCGGGCCGGCGGGGGAUAUGGGCCUCCUGACCGGGGACCUGCCCGUUCCCCCGGAGGGCGGUCCCCCUCCGGCCAUUCAGGAUAGCGUGGCACUGGAGCAGCUCAGCCAAUUGGCGGUCCUUGUGCAGCGCGACCCGGCCCUGUGGGGCGAGAUCCACCGAUCCUACCCUCAAUUGGGCAGCGCCCUGUACUGGCAUAUCAAUGCCAAUAUGCCGGGACUCGGGGCGGCUGUGGCCGCGGCCGCCAGCGCGGAGAUGGCCCCCGGCGCUGGGGUCCCGCGCCCCGGGACGGCACCCCACCCGGGCGCUCAUCUGUCGAUUACGCAUAUUCCGCGCUUUGCCAAGCCCACCGAGGGGGAGCCUCUGUCGCCAAGUGAGGCGAUGGCCGUGUCGCCGGUUUCCCCGUCCGGCGUAUCGAUUUCGGCACAGUCCUUCGGCAUCCAUACUCGCCCGGGCCAUGGCGGAGCCGUUGGAAGCUCGGCUGUCGAGCCGGGCGCCGGUCUGCGCAUCAACACGGCCUGCAGCGCCCCUCUGACGGGGCCCCAUCGCGGUGCGUCUCGCGGGCAAGGAUCGCCCCGUGUGCUUUGGUGCCUCUUAUGA